UGACGUGUAUUAGCGAAGGCUUCAAUGAUGACGUGUCUCUAGUGCUCUCUUUUCGGUGAGUAGUGGCAGGCCGGUGGCAGUCGAUCUGUGCUGAUCCACCUCACAAGGACUGUAAAACAACGGGAUCUGGGCAGCGAACACCAUGGCUAUUAAAUUUCUGGAGGUAAUAAAACCGUUUUGUGCGGUUCUGCCUGAGAUCCAAAAACCAGAACGAAAGAUUCAAUUUAGGGAGAAGGUACUAUGGACAGCAAUAACACUCUUCAUUUUCCUGGUGUGCUGCCAGAUUCCACUCUUUGGCAUCAUGUCAUCCGACUCUGCCGAUCCUUUCUACUGGAUGAGAGUAAUUCUGGCUUCCAACAGAGGCACACUAAUGGAGCUGGGUAUCUCGCCCAUUGUCACCUCCGGCCUCAUCAUGCAGCUGCUGGCUGGCGCUAAGAUCAUUGAGGUUGGCGACACCCCCAAGGACAGGGCGCUCUUCAAUGGUGCUCAGAAACUGUUCGGUAUGAUCAUCACCAUUGGCCAGGCUAUCGUGUAUGUAAUGACUGGGAUGUAUGGAGACCCCUCUGAGAUGGGCGCUGGUAUCUGCUUGCUGAUAAUCAUUCAGCUGUUUGUGGCAGGACUCAUCGUUCUUCUGCUGGACGAGCUGCUUCAAAAGGGCUACGGACUUGGCUCUGGUAUCUCUCUCUUCAUCGCCACCAACAUCUGCGAGACCAUCGUUUGGAAAGCCUUCAGCCCCACCACCGUCAAUACCGGCAGAGGAACUGAGUUCGAGGGAGCCAUCAUUGCCCUGUUCCAUCUUUUGGCCACGCGUAAUGACAAAGUGCGUGCACUCAGAGAAGCCUUCUACCGCCAGAACCUGCCCAACCUCAUGAACCUCAUCGCCACCGUUUUCGUGUUUGCUGUGGUGAUAUACUUCCAGGGCUUCAGAGUCGAUCUGCCCAUCAAGUCUGCCCGUUAUCGUGGCCAGUACAACACCUAUCCCAUCAAGCUUUUCUACACCUCCAACAUUCCCAUCAUCCUGCAGUCUGCCCUUGUGUCCAACCUCUACGUUAUCUCUCAGAUGCUCUCUACCCGCUUCAGUGGAAACUUCCUGGUUAACUUGCUUGGAACGUGGUCUGACACCUCUAGUGGAGGACCUGCACGAGCCUAUCCAGUUGGUGGUCUGUGCUACUACCUUUCUCCGCCAGAGUCAUUUGGUUCUGUUCUGGAUGACCCUGUCCACGCGGUUAUCUACAUCGUCUUCAUGCUGGGAUCCUGCGCCUUCUUCUCUAAGACCUGGAUUGAGGUUUCUGGAUCAUCUGCUAAAGAUGUGGCCAAACAGUUGAAGGAACAGCAGAUGGUGAUGAGGGGACAUAGAGAGACAUCUAUGGUCCACGAGCUCAACAGGUACAUCCCCACAGCUGCUGCAUUUGGUGGCCUCUGUAUCGGCGGGCUGUCAGUAAUGGCUGACUUCCUUGGAGCAAUUGGUUCUGGAACUGGAAUAUUACUGGCUGUCACCAUCAUCUACCAGUACUUCGAAAUCUUUGUCAAGGAACAGAGUGAAGUUGGCAGCAUGGGAGCGUUGCUCUUCUAAAGAAGUCCUUCUGCCAUUACACCAGACAGACACAACCUCCAUUCUCUCAAGUUAUUUUUUUUGUAAUGUUAUGUUAUUAUUUUUCAUGCACAAUCAAUGUUUUGCUUCUUUGGAUGCAUCCAUUUUGGCAUCUAUAUUUUUUUGUUCCCAGUAGCCCUAAGGGCUCAUGUGCGGACUGAACCUCUCUGGGAAUGAGUGACUGCAUGUCAUCCCAGUAUUCAGAAUGGGCAGUGGGCCCGUUCAACUGCUUGUCAGAACACAGAUCCUCCACCUCUCACUCUGUCUAGCCAGUGUUCCACCUGCCGGGUUUUUAAGUCUGAUGAAAUUAUUUAAAAGCUCAUGUGGUAGAAUAUUUGGUUCAAAAUCCUGUGGGGUGAAAAAAAAAAUAGUAUAAAUCACUCGGAAGUAGGACUACAUGGAUUAUGUAAAACCAACAUGUCAUAUCAGUGUAUGCUUGUAUGAUCAGCUAACAAUGUCCAAACUAAGGAGACCUUUAGUUAUUCCACUGUAAAUAAAGAAAAUCUUUUCGAGAGGAUGCUGGAGGGUUUUUGUUCUCACACCUGUCUGUGUGGCACUGGCUUGUGUAUAGCUGACUGCUCUGUAUUUGCUGGGAAGAGACUGUCAUGUCCAUGCUAUCAUAUUUCACCCUUAGUUUUGUAUGGGGCAGGGGGUCUCUGAGCCAUAUUGUAGGGUCAGUUGUAAAGAAAGAUGGCAUAUUGUGUCCUGGUGUAUACUGUCCCUGAGCUGGAUUAGAGAUCCUGGGUCAGCUGUAAGUUUCAGUUCAGUUUCUUGAUUUUUUUAAAUUUAGCGUUCCACGCUAGUCUUAGCAAGGGCACAGGAGCUGCCCUUUUACAUGGUCCAGGUAAAGGGAAGUGUUUGUCUGCGUCAUGGUCUUCUCCCAGACUGAACUGCUGCAGAAACUGCCUGAUUGGGUUGGAUAUGGGUGGGCUUGUUUGGGGAGAAAAGAGGAUAUACCUGAUUUUUACGUUCUGUUUUGAACAUUGUAUUAAAGAAGAAAUUUUUGCCAA